AUGACCAUUCCAGUUCCCAAACAAAUGAGAGAAGCCAGCCUCUGCAAAGGGUUCGGUUCGACGCUAGUUGGGCCCGCCUUGAAAUGGUUAACCAGCCUACCAAAUGGAUGCAUCACCUCUUUUGCUCAUCUCGACAAUAUGUUCAAUCAACAAUUCGCCAGCAGCAGGUGCCUAGAGAAGAAAACAAGCGACUUGUACCGAAUAAUUCAACGCCCCGACGAACCUCUGAAGGACUACAUAGCCCGUUUCAUUAGGGAGAAGGUGACUGUCCCUGAGUGUGAUGUCCCAACAGCUAUCGAAGCGUUCAGACAAGGGUUAUAUGGCGAAACCGACCUCUGGAGGGAUCUAAUCAAAUACCCUUGCAAGACGUUCGAAGAUGCUCAAGCUAAAGCAAUGGCCCAAGUGAGGCUGGAAGAAACUCUUUAUUCUCGGAAAGGGGGCAACGACUACUCGAAGACGGAGAGACGAUUGCCCUACCCCAAGAGAAGCAAUGAUCGUCCUGCUCCUUAUUCCCGACCUCAGCACAUGGGGAAAGCAGUGCAAUGGCCGUCGAAGUCUAGCAAACCUGAGUCGAAGAAGGAUCCCUCGAAAUGGUGCGACUUCCAUGCUGACAUCGGCCAUACAACCAACGAUUGCGUCGUAUUAAGGAGAGAGGUGGCUUAUCUGUUAAGGAACGGACAGCUAAAGGACGUCAUGUCAGACAAAGCUCGUGGAGUCAUCAAGAAAAACAAUUCUAACUCUCCAUCUAGACCUCCUCCACCCCCUCCUCAUACUAAAACUAGACACGCUCGAGAGAACGAGAUAGAUAGACCGGCCCGAGCCGUAGCCGCCAAGCAUCUAACCCCUAUAUCCUUUGACGAAUCUGAUGCAGGGGAAAUCUCGGAUAAACAUCACGAUGGCCUAGUGAUCUCCAUUCCAGUGGAGAAUUGCAUGAUCAAGCGCGUCCUUGUCGACAACGGCAGCUCAACUAAUGUGAUGAUGCUUGAUGCCCUCAAAGAGAUGGGGCUUAACCCAGAUACGGACGUCAUCAAAAAAUCCACCGUGUUGAUAGGAUUCAGCGGCGAAGCAAAGACUACCUUCGGAGAAGUCACCUUACCUGUUUACGCUCAAGGGAUCAACCAACAGUCGAGUUCUGAACCGGUAGGCUACAAUGAGCCCAAGUCCGAACAGCUCGAUGAGAUCAUCCUGGAUCCCGCAAAACCAGACCAGGUUGUUCUUAUUGGAUGCGAUGUUCUUGACAACAUCAGGUCGGAACUUGUCGCUUUUCUCAAAGCCAACGCAGAUUGUUUCGCAUGGUCCCAUGAAGAUAUGCCCGGCAUCAGCCCAGACGUCAUCACUCACAAGCUCAGUGUCGACCCCAAUCAUAAGCCCGUCAAGCAGAAGCGACGAAAGUUCGCUCCUGAGCGCAACCAAAUCAUCAAUGACGAAGUUCAGCAACUACUAGAUACAGGGAAGAUCAGGCAAGUGAAGUAUCCAGACUUGCUAGCCAAUGUCGUCGUAGUAGAAGAAGAACGGGAAGUGGACAUGAGAUGCUCUCAUUCAUGGACGCGUUCAGUGGGUACAACCAAAUUUUGA